AUGCCGAAGAGACAGUUCACGAAAAGUCUCACCGGCGCCGCCCUCUCGCGGCUCGUGGCCCACCGGCCGCGGCUGGAGGCGCUGCUGCUGAUGCAGUGCGCGCGGCUGACGGACGACGGGCUGGCGGCGCUGCACGGCUGCGCGUGCCUGCGGAGGCUGAACCUCGCAAUGUGCACGGGUGUCACCGAGCGAGGCGUGGCGGCGCUGAUCGACGCGCUGCCUGCGCUGGACGACCUCGAACUAGCUGGAUGCUCUCGCGUGCGCCUUGACGUGCCCGCGCUCAGCGCAAAGUUUGAGCGGUUCGUCGAGCUGUCCGAGGACGCGGACGGCUUGGAUGCCGUGCAGGGGUAG